AUGACAAUACUGGACAAUAACGACCAAGACCUCAUGCAACUAUGGCAGAUUAUCACUGAACUGAGCGAGCAGCUUAACCAAAAUAGGAGUCUUUCGGUGUCGUUGUAUGCACAGGCAGGGAACGUCAAGAGCCAGGCCGUUCACACACAAUCAGGAUUUGUGCUGCGUAGGUUCAACCUUGAUAAGAGCCAAGACGAAUAUGACACCGAGCUGGAACGAAUGAACACUGUGAUGAGCGCUGAAAACCAAAGUCUGCAGUACGACAACAAGCAACUGAAUACUCUCAUAAAGGAGUAUGAGCAAACGUUGGAGACAGUGAUGAGCAACUUUCGUAAUCGUGCUAAAGACGUCCAAGAACGCGAGCUGUCUCUGAUACGUGAAUACGAGACAAGGCUUCUAGCUCUCGAAGAAGACAACGCCGCCAGGGACCUAUCAACCAGUACCGCCACAUCAGAAGCCAUCACGCGUCUUUCCACGAUAAUGCGCCAGGUUCUCCGGUCUCUUGAGGGCGAAGAUGUGGAACAUCCCUCGAAGGAUCAGGCAGUGGCAUCGGCAUCGGCGCAUGCCUUGGAGAGGGAGAUCGAACUUGCGCGUUUGGAGAAGGAGAAUGAGGAGUUGAAGAGGAUGAUGGGGCUCUUGCCAUUGCAGGCGAGGAUGGAGGGGUACGAUUCGAAGACGCUUUUCGAACCGGGAAAGUCGCGUCCGGUCGGUAUUUCCCCUGGAUCAUCUGUGGGUCCCUUUGGCACGUUCAAGCGGAAUCGUCCUGUGGUGUAG